CAGGACGUCAGCGAUGCCCCUGACCUCACUGAAUAAAUCGGGAAGCGAUGGUGGAUUGAGGAGAAGGGCCGUGAGCGGGUCCAGGUGUUUUCAGCGCUCGGUGUGUCUUCGGGCCGGGCUUCUCUUUAGGCUAAUUGGCCGCAGGCUCGCCGUUCCCGGUUCCCAGGAGCAGCGCGCAACCCCAGCGUUCCUUCUGAAAUAGCAGACGCGCUUCUGAUGAGAUGCUUCCAUUGAGAGGGGAGAGCUGAGACCAGAGAGAGGACUGCUGUUCUCAGUGAAGGACCCUGCGCCCGCUCCUGAGCAGCGGCCAUGGGCCUGCUUGCCUACCUGAAGACCCAGUUCGCGGUGCACCUGCUCAUCGGGUUCGUGUUCGUGGUCAGCGGGCUGGUCAUCAACUUCGUCCAGCUGUGCACGCUGGUCCUCUGGCCUGUCAACAAACAGCUCUACCGCCGGCUGAACUGCCGCCUCGCCUACUCGCUGUGGAGCCAGCUGGUUAUGCUGCUGGAGUGGUGGUCCUGUACGGAAUGCACGCUGUUCACGGACCAGGCCACGGUUGACCGUUUCGGCAAGGAGCACGUGGUCAUCAUCCUCAACCACAACUUCGAAAUUGACUUCCUCUGCGGGUGGACCAUGUGUGAGCGCUUUGGCGUGCUGGGGAGUUCCAAAGUCCUCGCAAAGAGGGAGCUGCUUUACGUGCCCCUCAUCGGCUGGACGUGGUACUUCCUGGAGAUCGUGUUCUGCAAGCGGAAAUGGGAGGAGGACCGGGACACUGUCAUCGAGGGGCUGAAGCGCUUGUCCGACUACCCCGAGUACAUGUGGUUUCUCCUGUACUGUGAGGGUACACGCUUCACGGAGAAGAAGCACCGUGUCAGCAUGGAGGUGGCCCUGUCCAAGGGGCUCCCCGUCCUCAAGUACCACCUGCUGCCUCGUACCAAGGGCUUCACCACGGCGGUCCAGUGCCUGCGAGGGACAGUUGCAGCGGUCUACGACGUCACGCUGAACUUCCGAGGAAAUAAGAACCCGUCUUUGCUGGGAAUCCUCUACGGGAAGAAGUACGAGGCCGACAUGUGUGUGAGGCGGUUUCCUCUGGAAGAGAUCCCACUGGAUGAGAAGGAAGCGGCCCAGUGGCUUCAUAAACUGUACCAGGAGAAGGACGCCUUGCAAGAGAUGUACAACCAGAAGGGCACGUUCCCAGGACAGCAGUUCAAACCCCCGCGCCGGCCCUGGACGCUCCUGAACUUCCUGUCCUGGGCCACAGUCCUCCUGUCUCCUCUCUUCAGUUGUGUCUUGGGAGUCUUUGCCAGUGGCUCGCCCCUCCUGAUCCUGAUGUUCCUGGGGUUUGUUGGGGCAGCAUCCUUUGGAGUCCGCCGGCUGAUAGGAGUAACUGAAAUAGAAAAAGGCUCUAGCUACGGAAACCAGGAAUUUAAGAAAAAGGAGUAAUUGCCAGCGGUGAUGGCGCACACGUAACCUGACGGUGGUGUCCAUUAACUCGAUUAGACACAGAACAACACACACAGACCGGAACAAAAGACCCUUAGAAACGAUUUUUCUUAAUAACUGGUGACUAAUAUUGACCAGGAAACCUUGAGCCAAGAGCGAAGCCGACGGAGGCCCCUGCAGAGGAAGACUCCGGCCGCACCCCUGCGUGGGGGCCGAGUCCACCACGGAGCCCGGCGCAGGGGCCGCGUGUGUGCGGGGGCGGAGGGUGGCCACGCCCGGGUCACGGGUCCCACCCCGAUGUCAUCUCGAGAGAAUUCUGCCGCCAGAGGGGGCCUUUGGACGCUUUCUCUGCUUAAACUUAGAUCCCAUUUUUGUUUCAAUCGGUUAUUUUGGGAACACACCCUGGCCCUUCGCCGCCUCCCCUCCCCUCAGAGAGCUUUCCCUGUCCUCCCAGGAAGGGGGACAUGCAGGUCCCAGGCCCCCAGAGUGCCCAGCGCCGCUGGUCCGCGCUCGCCCGCGAGCUGGGUGCGCGGAGCGCUCCGGGGGCCGAGCACACCGAGUGUCGGAUGGACGGGUAGCCCCAUUUCGCGGUCAGACCCCUGCUUUCCCGCCUCCUCCCUAACCCCGUGCACAGGUACCUUGCGUCUGUUUUUAUAGUUAAGGGGCCCCUUCCCCUGGUUGCUGGAGCCCCCGUCCCUCUUUCCCCAUGCGGCCUCCACGGGGCUGCACCCCUGCACCCCACAGGGCCCUUGAAUGCUGGUGUACAGGGCGGCCACCAGCAAACCUCUUCUGGCUGCAGACUGCUCACUGGGAGCUCCUCAGCUUCUGGAGGUUUUGUUUUUAGUCGGCCCAUCGGCGGCUCUCGGCUCCCUGGUGAGAAGUAGCCGUGGGGAGCCUCGCCCGCACUCUGCCUGCCUCCCUUUCCCAAGCAGGCCCUGGUCCCAGGGGUGGCCUGCUCCCGUGUGGCCAGCGUCACCCCGGGGGCAUGGGGGUACUGCUCACCCUCAGCUGCCCCGCCCCUGCUAUGGGGUGUCUCUCCGUGACCUGUCGUGGGUCCGUGGCCCCAGGGGAGCUGCGUGUUCCGCAGACGGAGGCGUGGGGCGAGGGCCGCUGGGCUGGUGGAAAGAGGAGCGUGGGGGGCCCCCCGCAGCCGGCUCCCCAGGCUCAGCUCAAGCAUCCCGGGGCUGCCCGCCGCGCCCGUGAGGGACUUCCUUCCUAAGCCUCAGACGUGCUGUUUCCAAGUCACGCUCACCUUGCCCUGUUUAGCAAGGGAAGGAACACUAGCGGUGUUGGCUCUGGUGGCCUGGAACCAGCAUUCCCAAGAGAGGCGGGUGGAAUUUUCUAGGAGAGGAGGUGGAGGAAAGAGGCGUGGGAACGAUAGAAACAAAAUUAGGCGAGUACCUAUGCAUUGGACCAAAGUCUGUGUUUUGGGAGGGUUUCUGGAGACAGCACAUGCUCUCUAGGGGGACGCUGCUGGAUUCUGGGUGGUUGCUGUGGUGAACGGCGUGGUGGGGCUCCGCCCCCACGAGGCAUAGGCAGGACAGCCCCCCUGUGUUCAAGCACAGCUCCCCUCCUUCCCCGCUCAGACCCCGCACUGCAGGGAGGGACUGCCUUAGGCUGCUUUCCCUUCUGCAGUGUGCCCAUCUGUGUGUGUCACUAACUCCCCAGCCCCUGGGAUGUCCCGGAGCCCAGACGCAUCACCUGCAAGACACAGAUUCAGAUCUCCCACCCGUUAACCCCUAGCUCUUGAUGAGUUCUCUGCCCUCGGGGUUGCUGCGCACCCGGUGAGCCCACCGGGGUCGCUGAGCGAGCCGCGCAGAGUCCCGCCGGCAUGGAGACCAGGGCCAGUGGGUGUGAAAUCUCAGCGAUUCCCUUCCCAUCUAACAGAUGAGCUUGCGCACUUAGUGCCAAGACCUCGAGAGCAAUAAAGUCUACACCAU